UGAGUGUCAUAACGCUACAGACCGUAUAAAGGUGCGCGUGUGGGAUGAAGACGAUGACAUAAAGUCCAGAGUGAAGCAGCACUUUAAGAAGGAAUCGGAUGAUUUCUUGGGUCAGACCAUCAUCGAGGUGCGGAUGCUGAGCGGGGAGAUGGACGUCUGGUAUAAUCUUGAGAAGCGGACGGAUAAGUCGAUGGUUUCGGGGGCCAUCAGGCUGAAGAUCAGCGUUGAGAUGAAGGGAGAAGAGAAGGUGGCUCCUCCUCACGGGCAGUACACAUGUUUACACGAGAAUCUCUUCCACUACCUGACGGAGUUGAAGAACAACGGAGUCGUGAAGAUCCCAGAGGUCAAAGGUGACGAUGCCUGGAAGGUUUACUUCGACGACGUGUCGCAGGAGAUCGUGGACGAGUUUGCCAUGCGCUUCGGUGUGGAGUCCAUCUAUCAGGCAAUGACGCACUUUUCAUGUCUCUCAUCCAAGUACAUGUGUCCCGGCGUACCCGCUGUGAUGAGUAACCUACUUGCCAACAUUAAUGCCUAUUUCGCUCACACAACAACGGCGAACACCAACAUCUCGGCCUCCGACCGAUUCGCAGCAUCCAACUUUGGGAGAGAGAAGUUUGUCAAACUCUUGGAUCAGCUUCACAACUCUUUGAGGAUCGACCUCUCCAAGUAUCGGGAUAACUUCCCUCCUGGAAAUCCAGAGAGACUCCAAGACUUGAAAUCAACCGUCGACCUGCUGACGAGCAUCACCUUCUUCAGGAUGAAGGUGCAGGAGCUGCAGAAUCCUCCCAGAGCCAGUAUGGUGGUUAAGGACUGUGUGAAGGCCUGUCUGGACUCCACAUACAAAUACAUCUUUGACAACUGCCAUGAGCUCUACAACCAUCUGCUGGACCAGGCUAAAAAGCAGGAUCUGCCGCGUGAGGAACAGGGUCCGUCCAUCAAGAACCUGGACUUCUGGCCCAAACUGAUCACACUGAUGGUGUCUGUUAUUGAUGAGGACAGAAUGGCCUACACACCCAUAAUUAACCAGUUCCCUCAAGAGUUGAAUAUGGGUAGAAUUAGUGCCGAAAUCAUGUGGAACCUCUUCGCUCUGGAUAUGAAGUACGCAAUGGAGGGUGAGUUUCUCCUGCUCUGUUUAUUACCAUCUCUGUGGGGUUACUGGCGUGGUUUUUCUUCUGACAUGGUUUCUGUUCAGAUCGUAGACCAACACAUGUCACAGAUCGAUUGUUUCUGA